AUGAAUAGUGUGCAGGAUUUCGAGAAAAUCCAACGCGAACGAUUACCAACAUUAUAUGAAGUGUUAAUACAGAGGACAUCGCAGCCUGUCGAUCUCUGGACUUUCUAUACGUUUCUUUCGCAGUUCCCAUAUGCCAUCAACUAUCUGGACUUUUGGGUAGAUUUGAUGGCACACACACGACUUUGUAAAAGCUACGUCGAGUUGGUAAGAAAAUCAUUGAUUAACUUCCCACAAGAACAAGAGGAAAAUGGAGGCACAUCUACGACCACAUUUGAUUUAGUGAACGCACUGAUAGAAGAAGGACACUUGGACCUGGAAACACCCGAUAAAAUCUUAGAAAACGGCAGUACAGACUUACCGUUUUCACCAAAAUUAAACCAAUUGCUGGGAGAUUGGAAACGCCAGUCGGGCAUCAGUCAAAAAGUCCUGAGAAGCGAAGACAUGGCGCUGAUCGUGGACGAGAUAAUGAAAAGGCGCUCACAACAAGACGGAAAACCGCAGAUAACUACAAAACAACUGCUACACAGCGCAGUAGGCCUCUGCAACACCUACUUAGUAUCGCCAGAACAAAGCGAACGGUACAUGAGCAACAUUCCCACGGAAACGCGGAACCGCAUAAUAGAAAACAUACAGGUCGAACGAAGAUACGACAUUGAGAUUUUCGACGACGUGAAGAACCUGACCUACCAAUUCUUAGAGAUGGAUUGCUUCCCAAAAUUCCUAAGCCGGGUCGCACUACACAACAUCCACGAUGAAAUAUCCGAUUGGAGAUUCCACUCAGUGGGCGCCACUAACGAAAAGAGUAAACGCUCUCGAGGCCAGACGCACAUUUCCCGCUCCCCAUUCUCCAAUCACACCUCAAUCAGUCGCAUCGGCCUUGGUUUGUUAUGGCUGGGCAUCGGCUUCUGGAUCGGAUACGUGCUGAUCUUCCUGGCGUAUAGUCGCGCCAUCCGCGUUGUUACGGUCGUGCCAUUUACGCUAGGAUGCUAUUGCAUUGUGUGCGGCAUGUACCAAGUGGACAUUGUGUAUUCUUGGUUUGGUGUCACACAGAGGCUUCUCCACAGACACAAAAACACUAACAGUGACGAAGACGAUGCCUCUACCAGUCCCUAUCACGUGCCAGCGUUACUUGCGGUGUUCGGCGGCAAGCUGGGUGCCACUGCUGCAUUUACGGUUAUUUUCAGCUGUGUUCCCGGCCGUCGUGUGUGA